AUGUCAUUUAUCAGCUUGCACGAUAGAAAUCAUCUGGCUGGCCCGACUCCAAAGUAUACUGGUGGGCAGACAGGAACACCUCGGAGCAGAAGUAAAGUUAAGAAUGUCAACCUACUGACACAACAUUUCAGGCUAGCGCAUCAGAGAGUCAGUCUUGAUGUGGACCUUGCUCACAAGAAGAUCAAUGGUUUUACUGAACUUACUUUGAUUCCAACGAGCAAUCAGCUUCGAGCAGUGAAGUUGGAUGCUAGAGAGAUGAACAUCAAGGAAGUGUACGUGAAUGGUACCAAGUUGGUGAACUUCAUUCACAAGGACAUGCUAUAUAUCAACGAUCCCGAAAAAUUUGAGUCAUGCACUAGCGCCAAAUUAGUGAACAUAUGGGACCUAUAUUCCGAAAAAUUCACAAUCAACCAGCACCAUCUUCUAAGACGAAAGCUCAACUACAUAUUCGGCGAAUUCGAGGAAGAUGAAUAUGAUGCUAAUAAUACCUUCGAUCUAGGGAACACGGAGGAGCUCAUCAUUAGUCUUCCCGAUAACUUCAAGCAUCAAUCAGCAGAUAGGCACGCGGCUCAUACUCCGGCAUCUCUGAUACCGACAGAUCUAACUCCAUUGCAUCUGCGAAAUAAAAACACACAUGGCGACACGUAUGCUCCCAUUCAAAUUGGAAUAGAGUAUGAGCUAAUUAAUCCAAAUAACGGUGUCAACUUCUCUUGUUUUGGGGAGGAUAGAAAACUCUGGCAUGCUUACACAGUGAAUUCCGAAUACAACGUAUCAACUUCCUCAUGGGUACCUUGCGUUGAUAAUUUGUGGGAAAAAGGAACGUGGUCUUUUGAACUUACUGUUCCGAGGAGUACAAAGGACAUUGACAACUUCUCUUCGUUCGAGAAUGGUUCUCUCAACGAUUCCAAGGAGGACGAAGUAGAGACAAAACAUUUUUCCAGUAAAGGAAUUCCCGUGGAUCACAAUGAAAGCGACGACGAUGAGGAUGAUGCAGAACACUUCGACUUGUUUGUCUGUACUGGAGAUACAAAUAAUGUGAAGGAAACUCCUCACCCCACAGAUAAAUCCAAGAAGGUUGUCUCCUGGUCCAUUUUUAAUCCCAUCUGCGCACAUCAUGUUGGGUGGGCAAUUGGCCCAUUUGAGAGCUCGGAGUUGGCAAAUCUAAACAGUAACUCACUGCAGCCUUCAGGAGAGGACGAAAUGGAAGAGAUCGAAAAGGAUGAACUCGGGUCCGUCGUUACGUUGUACUUCUUACCCGGCCAAGAAGAGUUGGCGAGAAACACGUGUAUUUUUGUUCACGAGGCACUAAAUUUCUUUUCUUCUGAAUUCGGCUCGUAUCCCUUUAGUUCCUAUGGCAUAGUGUUUGUCAGUGGACCCUCCCACCCAUACAAUAACUUUGCUGGUCUUACUGUAUUGAGUGACCGCCUUCUUUAUCCUCAGAACCUCAUUGAGCCAAUAUUCACACUAACAGAGGAGAUUUUGGAGUGCAUCGCUGGACAAUGGUCGAGCAUCAAUAUCGUGCCACAGACGUUCCAUGAUCUUUGGUGUACAAUCGGUAUCGCCCGCUUUAUGUCAUUCCAGUUCUUGAAGAAUUUAAUGGGAACAAAUGAGUUCAGAUAUAAAAUCAAGCAGAAGAUGGAGAAAAUAGUGGAAACGGAUGUAUCAAAGCAGCCAAUAUCAUUACCUUAUCUCCGAUUUCCCUUGUCUGAGGCUGAUCUUGACUUUGUGCGUCUUAAGUCAUCCGUUAUCCUACUCAUUUUAGACAGAAGGAUGACCAAGACUGAUAAACUGUUUGGACUUUCUCGUGUGCUACCCAAGAUCUUCUUGCAAGCAAUGUCUGGAGACUUGCAAAACGGUACCCUUUCUACGCAGCACUUUCAAAAUGUUUGUGAAAAAGUAAACCGAAAUCGAUUAGACAAUUUCUUCAAACAAUGGGUAUUUGGAGUGGGUACACCAGUGUUUAAUAUCACCCAAAGAUUUAAUAAGAAGAGAUCAUUGAUCGAAGUUGUCAUUCGUCAAACUCAAGUGCAACAGCACAAAACGAUUAGACCAAAGCCUGAAAACUUCAUGGAAGAGGCUAUGCAUUAUCUUCAUGAUCAAGAAUUGCCCUCAGCACAAACCACUUUUAUGGGGCCAAUGACCAUCAGGGUACAUGAGGCGGAUGGUACACCUUAUGAGCACAUUGUUGAUAUCAAAGACUCACUUGUUAAGUUCGACGUUCAAUACAAUACCAAAGCUAGACGUCUGAGGAAACACAAGGAAGAGAACGUGGAGGCUAAUCCUGUCUUUUCCAAACUUGGAGAUAUUCUCAAGAAGGAUAAAGACAUGAAAGAAUGGGAUUUGGAAGAGUGGCCAAAACGCGACGAAGAUUUGGUUGACCCAUAUGAAUGGAUUCGACUUGAUACAGAUACUGAGUGGAUCGCAAAGUUUAAUGUGAGGCAACCUGAUUAUAUGUUUUGCUCUCAAUUGCAACACGAUAGAGACGUUGAAGCACAAUGUGAUGCAGCACGUUACUUUGGAGAGCAAGAAAAGCCCAACAAAAUCUAUUGUACUACUUUAACGAGGACACUCAUGGACCGUCGCUACCACUACGGCGUUAGAAUUGCUGCAGCACGAGCACUUGCAGAUCUUUCAAAACAAAGUAAUUCAUACUUUGGUUUGAAAUAUCUCUUAAAAGCUUUUCGCAAGUUAUUCUGCUUUGAAAAUAGCUCUAUUCCACGAGCGAACUCUUUCGAGCAGUUCGAACGCUACUUCCUUCAAAGAGCAUUUCCACGAAUACUAGCACAAGUGCGAGAUGAUGAAGGAAAUACACUUCCGGAGAUCAAGGAAAUCCUUUUGAAUUUCGUAAAGUAUAAUGAUAAUUCCAACAAUGAGUUUCAAGAUUGCUAUUACGUUAGUGAUUUGCUUGGUGCACUCACUGAGGCGACGAUUCCAAUCAAUGAAAAGAAAAAAGUUAUCGACUUUCAUCUGGAAAAAGAGAAACGUCUUGGUUAUGAAUCCAGCGAUCAACAAUUUGUCGAUCAAGUUGUCGAGGAACUUGAUAGAUUAUGCAAGAUUGAAGAAUGGGUUCCAUCGUACCAAAAUAUCAUUUAUGCGAGCUGCAUCAGACAGAAAGCCAAAUUGGCUCGAAACAAUCUUUGCGAGUAUUCGUUUGAAGAGUUUGCCAAAUUUACAACUCCAAAAAAUCCAAUCGAAAUUCGAUUGGCUGCAUUUGAAAGUAUACUUGUGCUAGGUGGCAUCAAAGUCUGGGAGGUUCUUCGUUAUUUCCUACAUUCACUUUGUCUCAGCUCAAGUACCAGCAGUUUUAGAACGCGGAUGAUUGACGCUCUUAAGAAUGCGGUAUGCGAAGCUGCAAUUCACGGCUUGCCAUCUGACAUUGAUGACCCCGAAUUUGACUCCCUUGAUAAGUUAUUUAAUUCUAGGAAGGGCCAUUCCAACCCGAAUGGCAUGGUCGUUGUGGAGGAAUCGCAGAACCCUGAGAUCAGCUCGAGAAGAGACGCCCUCGCCAGAGCUAGCAUUGAGGGUGCUAUUCUUUUGUUGAGAAGAGAUUACGGAAUUGGGCUCGGUCUUAAAAAGGUUUUUUGGAGGUUGAUUCAUACAUCGCUUUUGGGCUUAAGAGAGAGAAGAAUCCUUUUUGGCUUGUGUGAACUCUUGUUCUUCGAAAAGGACACCUAUCCUGUCGACAUUCCUGUGCCAUACGUUCCACUAGAGGAAUUAAAGAAGAAGAUUGUUGCCAAAGAACUUGACAAUUGCCAGGUUAUUAUCAAACGUGAGGGAAGAUUCCGUAUUCAGCUUUCAACUAAGAUAUCAUUAUCCGAUGGUAGGAGAGCAGAGAAGCCAGGCCGCGCAGUAUCAGAACAUGGCAAACGAGGAUCGAGCUCUACAUUUGAUAAUAAGGCCCCUGAACCAAAACUCAAGCUUAGACUUGGUCGCCUGGAAACCAAAGGACCAGAAGCCGAACAACAUCCGAUCGUCACGAGAAAUGGCAAAAACAAUAUGAGUAUAAAGAUGAAGUUUUUGAGACGUAACCUAUCAGAUGUGACAACAUCGUGCAGGAGGAGAAGAAACGUUUUACUCAGCGAUUCAUCUGUUACGCUCAAAUUCUUCAGUCCGGACAAUAUUAAGAAGCUCAAAAACCCUCCUAAGAUUAAUACUGUGGCUGAUGAAAGUGUUAACGACAUCCCAACUACUGCACGAGGUGACCUUUCGGUUAUCAAAGGACCAACUAGGUUUGUGAAAAUCAAGUCUGGUAUGGUGUCACUUUCUGAAACUCCAUUCACAAGUGAUCAACGGGAAGAUAUGACGAGCCAACAACCCAAGCAAAAUCACCUGAUGAAUGAAUCGGAGACACCGCAGACUGUUAAAGAAACGGUUGCAGAACCAAUUAAACGAGACAUUUCGCAUGCACCGAAUAAAUUGACCCCUCGAGUUACUUCGAGAGAGGGACUGGCAGAACCUCCAUGGUCAAGGGCAACCAGUCCUGGAGACGGUGAAAACCAUGGAACCAAGAAGAAAAAAACAAAAAUCUACAUUCAUGACGGCUCCAGGAGCCAAAGCCGAUCUACCUCGAGCUCAGUCGAGCCUGAGGAGAAGAAAGAGCCUGCUGAGAGCAGGGAUGAGAAGAAUAAUGAACAAGAGCAAAAAGAGGCACCCAAAAGUAAGCCAAAGCUCUCCUUGAAGCUCUCGCUCAAAUGA